CGACACCGUUUCGUGCCAACGUCGACGUGAUAACAAAGCGCGCUGUGCAGCAUGGAAGCGGCGGUACAGACGCCCGAAGAGGGCGGCAAAGGAUCGUCCUCCAAACACCUCCAGAACGUGUACGACAAGAAGGCUGCGAUGCUCCAGGCCAAGAUGCCUUGGUACAAAAACUCAAGUCAGAACGUUGAUAUCCCCGGCGUCACGUCGGCAUUCCCGGAUAUUCCCGCCGACACGUCGCCAUCCCCAUCGCUCGACUUUCUCCAGGGCGGUAAAACGUCCCAGCACACUGCUACGGUGUCGCUCUUUCCAGAGCACGACGAGCCCCGAUUGCAGGCCGCGCUGACCAAGGCGUCUCGGCAGUCCGCCACCCCGAGCCAUUCCCCGUCAAAAUCACACCAAACUCCAUCCCCCGAUCGAAAACGUGGCGGCGAGGAACAUGUUGAGAUCAAAUGGAGAGGGCGUGUGAGCUGGGAGUCGGACUUGCUCGAACCCACGGGCCCGAAAACUCCGUCCAAGCGAGCGAGCCCCCUCAAGAACGUGCUUCCUUCCAUGUUGCCAGCGUCGUCCGCGGACGAAGCUCGUUCCGGCGCGAGUAGCAACCCGCCAUCUCCAUCGAAACGCUCGUCGGCCGUGUCGUCUGCGGAAAAAGAGGACGAAAUCGAUGCUCUCCUGUCCAAGUUCAAAAUCUGCGCUGACGCGCGAGCUGGCAUCCGGGACAACCUCUUGUCCAAGUAUACGCCGCAAGCCCCCCACUCCUACGUGUUCACGUCCCCCGACGCCACCUUUAUCGACGCCGACGCCGACGACGUGACCCGCCUGAUGUCGCCGUCAGUUCCCGAGCGCCGCAUGCGCGAUGUCAAGACGGCCCUUGCACACGAUGGCGGCGAAAACAGCUCCUCAGACGACGAGCCGGACGAAGAUGCAGACGUCGCCCAGCAAAUGAAGGAAUCGUACUUUGGGCUGGCCGCGCGCGGCAAAUUCUUCGCCAAGUACGCCGGUCUACACGCAAAGCCGCAUUGUUUCAUGGCUGUGCCGCAUCAGCCGCCGUUGCAUCUCCCAUCGCCGCAGAGGGCCCACCACCACGACACGAGCCUCCCAUCGGUCCAUUCGCCGCCAAAAGGCCAAGAUCCCAGUGCCGCCAACGACGGUCGGUCUGCUGCCCAUCCAGGCAAGGACGACAGCACGCCGCCACGCAUGAGCCACUACGACUACCUCCCCGCUGUUCCGGCCAAGCCGCCAUCGCCCCGCCAAUCGACCCAACCGCCGCGUGUGGCCAACGCGAACGAAGUCAAGAUGAGCCCCCGCACCAUGUUUCUCAGCGCGUGCCUGUCGAACACGGGCAAUCUGCCGAUCGCGCUCCCCAUCCUCAUUCGAAAGCACGGCACGACUGCAUUCGACUUUUCGUACCAAAGCCUCGGCGACGCAUUCCUGACCGAGUUUGCCAAAGCGCUGCGGGACGUUCCGUUCGUCGAGUCGAUCAACGUGUGCGACAACCGGCUGACGGACCGCGCGCUGAACCAGCUCCUUCAGGCGCUCGAAACAAAACCCAACUUGACCAAACUCGACAUCUCGAUGAACCAAGUCGGUGCCCGCAGUGCCAAGACCCUCAAGGCGUACAUCGGGUCCCCCAUGUGCACGCUGACCCAUCUGGGGGUAUGCAUGGCCGACAUUGACGACUCGGAGUGCGCUGCUUUCAUGGUCGCGUUCGAAGCCAACAAGUCCGUCGUCCAGCUCCGCAUGAGCCGGAACCGCAUCGGCGAAGCCGAGAAUUUGAACGUUGUCCAGCCGGACUUUGUCACGGGGGGUGAAGCGAUCGGAGGCAUGCUCAACGUCAACUUGACCCUGACGCAGUUGGAUGUGUCUUGGAACCUCCUGCGCCUUGCUAGCGGCGUCACGCUGGCGAAUUCGCUAAAGCUCAACUACAACCUGUUCGAGCUCAAUUUGGCGUACAACGCGCUAGGCGACGCGGGCGCGAUGGCGUUCGGGCAGUCGCUGUGCAUCAACAAAACGCUGCGGCUCUUGGAUAUGUCGUACAACAACGUGGGAACGAAAGGCGCGUCCGUCCUCGCGUCGACAGUCUCUCGCAGCCGCACGAUUUCGUCGCUCGUCUUGGACGGCAACAACAUCGGCCAGCCCGGCGGAAAAGUCCUCAUGUACGCCAUGGUGCACAACCGCACGCCGAACGGGUGCACGGUGAGCAUGAAAGGAUGCAACUUGAACGAACGCACCCAGGCCAAAGUAUUUGACCCGAUGGAGCCGGCGGGCGAUUACGUCCUCGACUGCGCUGACCCGUACGAUAACAUGGUCGCGACCGAGCUGCUACGCCUCGCGACGGUCAAGAAGGGGUGUUCCUUUGCCAAACUCGAAGCCAAGCCGACGCGCGACGCUCCCAAAAAACUUACGCAGACGAUCAAACUGGUUCGACAGGAGCAGCCACCCAGCCGGCCCGCGCGUGCGCGAGGCGUCAACAAGACGCUGCUCGACCUGUCCUUCCACGACAUGGACACCAAGUCCGCGGGGUGCAUCACGCUGUCCGAGCUCCACGGGGUCCUCCUCGAGCUUGGCUUUCAACCGGCACUCGACCAAACCGAGACUCUGUUCAACAAGAUCGACACGGACGGCAGUGGAACGAUUGAUGAAGCGGAAUUGAGUGGCGGCGGGCUCUUUCAUGCCGUGUUUCGCACGAUCGAUGCGAAUGCGUCGGGAACGAUCGACAUGGACGAGCUGCGCCAGGCGUUUGUGGUGUUGGGCGCCAAAGCGACGGAGGAAGAUGUCCAAGCCGCGAUGAACACGUACGACGUCGAUGGCAGCGGCACGAUCGAAGAGGACGAGUUUGUCGAGCUGAUGAAGCACCAAGUGAUUCAAAAGUUGAACCAGCACCACGCCGCGCACUCGGUCGAGUCGCUGGCCCUCCGCGACGAAAGUUCUGGCGCCGUCUGGACCGUGCCAUCCACGGGUUUUCUCGACAUUACGUUUGUGUACGAGCGCGAGUUGAUGAAUGACCGCGAGAGCUUCAUGUGCUACGGACUGUCCGAGAACGGAUUGAAAAAGCUUGUGCAGUCCGUGGAGCGCGGCAAGGAAACGAUGCAGCAGGCAGAGCUCCUCAACGUCGCCGUCCAUGAGACAGAGAUCCGAAUGACUGCUGCGCAAGCCAUCGUCCUCAUGGAAAGCUGCGGCGACAUGCAUGAAACCAAACGCGUGGGGGCCGUGGCCAAGGUCUUGCCACAGCUGACAUCCAUCAAGGAAGCGCAGACCCUCGUGAAGCGAGUCCUGACAACGUCCGAGCGGUUCUCGCUGCGGUUGCGCCUUGGCGCGCUGUAUUUCCCGCUUCUCGGCCUUCCAACCAACCAUUACAACCUCGAUUUGGCGCGGCCACAGGACCGGCAAGCCCUCGCCAAACUCGCCGAAAUUGCCCAAGCCGAGAAGCAGUUUUCAAAAUCGAGGUCGGGCCGCGGCGACACGUCGCAGCAUGGCAAUUGGGAAAACUUUCGGAACGAAUGGCUCGACGGGAAGCCGACGAUUUUGACGUCGCAUUUCUUUCAAACGAUGCCGCAAAAGGGCAAACUCGAAUUUGACUAUGUGUCGACGACCCGACCGACGCGCGGGACCAAGCCCAUGAGCGACCGGCGGUACCAGCAACUGCUGGCGCAAAUCGCACGGGACAGCCGGACGGAGCUCCGCCUGGACGCGAUCCCGACGCGGCGCCGUCGGCACAGUGUCAAAGACCGGUGGGACCUCGUCCGGAACGCCGUGCGGUAUCGCAAGUUCAAAAAGUGGAUUCGCAACGUCCAAAUGGCUUUUCACGUCCACAGCCACACCAAGGAAGACAUUGGGUACAAGUUGUUUCAAAUCGAAGCCGCGGUAUGCGAUCGUUGGCUUUCCGUGGACCAGGCGGCCGAAAUCGUGCGGUGCAUGCCGAGCGCGCACGGCGGCAAGACAGACACGUGUCGGUUGCUGUUCCCGCGCGUCAUCGACAUCGAGAACUUCAUGGAGAUUUUCGACGCGCUGUCGUUUCCCGAAAAGAACGAAUGCGCCCGCGUUCUUGGAUGGCUCAAUAUUCUCAACCCGCUGCACCCCGAUCGAUACUACGAAUUCGACUUGUCGAGCCGGGAAGAGCGCGAGGCCGCCAAGAUCUUUGUCAAACUCGCCGUCUCCGAACCGGUUCGUGGCUUGCGAUCGUUUUGCAUGGCAUGCGCUGCCUCCUCGUCCACGCAAACGGGAUCGUGCCGUGAGCCGUUGUGGCCCGCCCGUUCGUGUGUUGGCUCAGCGGGGCGGUGGAUAAUCGAGUGUGUGGUGGUGGCAGCGGUCCGUCUGAUGUGGUGGCGCGCUCUGGUAGGGCGAGAACUGGAUCAACGAGUCGUUUGGAUGGGUGCGAGGAGAGCCACCGAUUCCCGGGUGGGAGCUGCCUAAGUCGUGGGCGAAUGACGAUGUCACGGCAGAAGACGGGCCGAGGCGGACGGGAUGGCUCACGUUCGAGUACACGUCGGAUCCGGCGCGCGGGUGUGCUGCAGUCCCGUCAGUGCGGCAGGAGCUGACACAGCGAGUGCUGUGCGGCACCCGGUUGUACUUGUAAGAGAGGCAAAUCCAAACGUCCUGGAAUCGCGC